AUGUCCGCAAAAUCCAUAGGCGAGAGUGAGCAGACGGAUGCGCCAGCAGAACACAUAGUCACAUUUGCACCGCAAACAAACAAUGAUAACUUCUCUACGCGCGCUCAAUUAUCAUAUAGAGCCGGUAACACCGUCGAUUUGAGUGUUGACAAUUCGCCUUUACAAACGGAACCAGGUCGACAACAACGAUAUUUGGAACCUACACUUGAAGCAUCGACGCUCAAAUCAGAGGACAUGUUGAAAACAAGUUCAGUACCAUCUCGUACACCUAACUUAAGCAAUGCGUGGGAGUUUGCUGGCUGGGGCUCAACAUACUUUAUCGAACUCCAUUCUCCUUCGUCUAAAUCAGACCAUUCAUCUGAGACUCUUCUCGGCCAAUGGCGAGCGACCAGCUUAUCAGGAAACGACCUUGUAGCAUCGGUUCUCUAUACAAUAGCUGUCGUGGUAGCGACUGCUGGUAGAUACGCUCCGAUAUCACUUUUCAUAGUCUCGCUUCUUAUCUAUCCAUUCAAAAACAUCCUCAACGAAGUCAGCACAACGCUCCCACUGAACGGGGGAGCGUACAACUGUUUGUUAAACACCGCCCCAAAAUGGUUUGCUGCCAUUGCCGCUGCCGUGUCGAUAUUGGACUACAUUGCCACGGCGGUCGUAAGUGCGGCGACUGCUACUGCAUAUGCGGGGAGUUAUCUAAAUUUGGGAGAAAUUGGGAUAUUCUGGAUAACUAUCGGCGUGCUUUGUGUAUUUGCCGGGAUUGUACUAUUGGGAAUAAGGGAUUCCGCGACAGUUGCUUUGGCAAUUUUUCUGUUGCAUCUUUGUGUGUUGAGUAUUUUGAUGGUUGCUGGGGUAGGAAGGUGGAUUACCAUUGGGAAUGACGUAUUAUCUGCUAAUUGGAAUGAAAGUAUAUCGGAGAAUUCCGCUUUGGAAAUCUUUUAUGGUGUAUGCAUCGGACUACUCGGCAUUACUGGAUAUGAGACAUCGAGUAAUUAUAUUGAAGAUCAGAAGCCAGGCGUAUUUCCGAAAACCAUGCGUAACAUGUGGGUGCUCGUGUUUCUAAUCAAUGCACCUCUGACAUUAAUAACGAUCGCUAUAAUGCCAUUGAACAUAAUUAAUGACCAUCCUGGAGACAUCGUAUCUGUUUUGGGAGAAUAUGCAGCGGGCUCUUGGCUAAAGAUAUUAGUCACUGUGGAUGCAGUUAUAGUAUUAUGCGCAGGCGUACUCACGGGUUUUGUUGGUGUCAGCGGCCUCAUUGAACGUAUGGCUUCAGAUCAUAUAUUGCCUCAAUUCCUCCUUAGGCGUAAUCCAAUUACCGGAACCAAGCAUUUUAUCAUAUUUGGGUUUCUUGUAUGCUGUGUUAUCUUGUAUUCAGUUCUCAAGGGUGAUGUCACUUCACUAGCUGGAGUGUUUGCAGUGGCAUUCCUGAGCGUGUUGUGUAUGUUUGCUAUUGGCAACCUGCUAUUAAAGUAUAAGAGACAUCGAUUAUAUCGUCCGAUAAAAGUCUCGACCGGAGUAGCGAUGUUUGGAUUUGCUUCUGUAUUUACUGCACUAAUUGGGAACAUCGUAUUCAAUCCGAGUCUAGCAAGAUAUUUCUUCAUAUACUUUGCUGCCAUAUAUGGAGUAAUGAUUAUUAUGUUGAAUCGAAUAUGGAUAUUAAAGCCCUAUCCGCUAAAAAUCGUGGAUAUUGCAUUUACUCAGUAUUAUUUGUUUUCACAGACGACCUUUUUCUACUUGGACAAAAUCGUAGCUCUUCAUAAAUAUAAAAUUGGUGAUAUGAUAGUACGAAUGAUAAAAAGCAUCAAGAAGCAACCCGUCAUAUUUUUCACUAAUACGGACGAUAUUCACAUUUUGAAUAAAGCCGUAUUGUACAUCAAGAACAAUGAACCAACCGGCACGGUCAAGUUUCUACACUUGUAUUCCAAUAUUGAAGACAUACCUCAACGAUUGGAAGCCAAUCAUCAAAUACUCGAUGAGUUAUACCCAAAAAUCCAAAUUGACUUGAUGUUCAUCCAAUGUCCAUUCAACCCAGAAACAAUCGAUGCAAUAUCAUCACAGCUAGAUAUACCUAAAUCUCUAAUGUUCAUUUCUUGCCCCGGAGAAAACUUUCGCAUAGGGGAAUUCUGUGGAAUACGUACCAUCAUGCUAUGA